CCCCGCGGUAAGCAGCCGCCGCCUUCCCCGGUCGGUGCCGGCGGUGCCCGGGGCCGGGGGCAGCGGUGCCCGCAGGCAGCCCCGGGCCCGGCGGGGUGGGAGCUGCCGCCGCUGCGACCCUCCUGUGCCUGCGGAGCGGCGCCGAGCGGAGCCGGGAGCACCCAACCACAGUCAGCAUAUUGCUGUUAAGUUUCCCUUGGACAAAUAGACUCUGAGGCAGCCUGCUGCAAAUAUUGAACAUCAGAUUGAUACUUCAGGCAUCCUGUCCUUCACAGUAAGAUGGAGACUUUUGAGAAAAAGAGUGAUCUUGGUUUGCAGACAGAGAGCAACAUGGAACAGCCGUUCAGUAUUAGUUCCUUGAAAAAGCUAGUAGCUAUUCCUGACCAUACAGACAUCUCUGUGACCCCAGAAGAGAGAGUACGUGCCUUAAGCAAACUUGGCAGCAAUAUCACAAUCAAUGAAGACAUCACUCCACGUCGUUACUUUAGAUCUGGAGUAGAGAUGGAGCGAAUGGCAUCAAUAUAUAUGGAGGAGGGAAACCUGGAGAAUGCUUUUGUUUUUUAUAACAAGUUCAUAACUUUGUUUGUGGAAAAACUGCCCGGUCACCGAGACUAUCACCAAUGUGCAGUACCAGAAAAACAAGUUAUUAUUAAGAAACUGAAGGAGGUUGCAUUUCCACGGACAGAUGAACUGAAGAGAGAUCUUUUAAAAAAAUAUAAUUUAGAAUAUCAAGAAUACGUGCAAAACAAAAACAAAUGUAAAACCGAAUUUCUGAAGAAACUAGAACAGCAGAGGCUAAUAGAGGCAGAGAAGAAACGAAUCGCACACAUGCGGCAACAACAGCUUGAAUCAGAACAGUUUCAAUUCUUUGAGGAUCAACUUAAGAAGCAAGAACUAGCUCGGGAUCAGAAAAUUAAAGACAGCAUGGUUAUGUCUGAACAGAUAGAUGGAAGUAUGCUAUCUUGUAUUUCCAUACCUGAGAACAGUUCCUUAUCUACCACGUUGCUUGAAAAAAAUGAGAAGAGUGGCUCUACUGGACAUUCACCUGUAGUAAACCGGGCCCUAAAGCCAGCAGCUGCUUUAAGUGCUGUUCAGACUCAAUUGGCUGAAGCACUCAGAGGUGUAAUUUUACCCAGGGAUCUCUGUCACAAAUUUCUGCUGCUAGCAGAGGCAAAUACAUUAAGAGGAAUAGAGACAUGUGGAAUUCUCUGUGGAAAACUGACACACAAUGAAUUUACUAUUACCCAUGUAAUAGUGCCAAAGCAAUCUGCAGGACCAGACUACUGUGACAUGGAGAAUGUGGAAGAAUUAUUUGGCAUUCAGGAUCAGUAUGAUCUCCUCACUUUGGGUUGGAUCCAUACACAUCCAACACAAACCGCAUUCUUAUCCAGUGUUGAUCUUCAUACUCAUUGUUCUUACCAGCUAAUGUUACCGGAGGCCAUUGCGAUUGUUUGUUCACCAAAACAUAAUGACACUGGCAUCUUCAGACUUACCAAUGCUGGCAUGCUUGAAGUUUCUGCUUGUAAAAAGAAGGGAUUCCAUCCACAUACAAAGGAUCCUAGGUUAUUUAAUCUAUCCCAUGCUGUGAUACGUAAAGCAUAGCACUGAACUAUAAUCUGCUUCAGAAGCCAAGCACUAAACGAUACCCUCUAUAGAAUGUUCUGUUUCCAGGUUGUAGUCCUUCCUUUAUAUAGCAGGCUACACCUGUGAAGGUAAGGUUUGCCUGUAAACAGGCACAGCAAUAGUUAUAGUCAAAGUUGAAUACAUAGCAUAUUUAGCAGGCUCAGAAAACUAAAAAGAAACUACUGUCUAAAAUACGCAUUUUUACUGAAACUUAUUUGUGAGUAAUGCAUUGAUUUCUUCUGCAGCCAUGUACCCACGUGGUUGGAAAAGACAUAAAGAUAAUUGUGCUGGAUCUGAGGUGAUACAGAUGGACAAUAACAAGUUGCUAAACAAGUCAUCAAAAGAGAAAAAUGGCUUCCUGUUCUUCCUACAUUUUCAAAAAUGACUUUUAUAUUUAUACAUUUUAGAUUGAAUGGUUUGAUAUUUAUUGCUUUAGCCUGUUUUGGAGUUAUUUUGUUGCUCUGUCAAGAUGGAGUUCAGUGGCAUUACCCCUGAAUCUGUAAAAGCAUCAUCUCACUAAAACCAACAAUAAAAUGAACUUCAAAUAACAGAAACAAAGUUGAAAUAA